AUGUACCGGUUUAUACAUAAGAUUGGAAGUGGUGCAUUUGGUGAUGUUUAUCUUGGAUUGGACAUCAAAACUGGAGACUACGUGGCUAUCAAGGUCGAGAGUACGGAGUGUGCAGAUCCUCAACUUCGACACGAGGCAAGAGUGUAUCAACUGCUACAAGGCGGGAGAGGGGUUCCAUCGUUGAAAUGGCUAGGGACUGGACGAAACUAUGUAGCGAUGGUCACCGACUUGUUGGGACAUAGCCUCGACCAUAUCUUUUUAAGACGUAGAAAGUUUAGCCUCAAGACAGUCUUACUUCUCGCUGAUCAAAUGAUUAGCAGAAUCGAAUUCCUUCACUCCCGUGGGUUCAUUCAUCGAGAUAUCAAACCAGGAAACUUUCUCAUGGGACGUGGACUCCAAUGUAACGAAAUCCACUUAAUUGACUACGGUCUCGCUCGUCUCUACCGCUCUCCUCAAACCGGAGUACACAUGAGUCCAGUGACUGGAAGGCCGCUGGUUGGCACUGCCUACUACUCCUCUAUCGCUACUCAUCUUGGAAUUGAGCAAACCCGCAGAGAUGACCUAGAAGCGCUUGGAUAUAUGUUGGUGUCUUUCUUACUCGGAGCUUUACCGUGGCUUGGACCAGAAACUCAAAAUCGUCAAGAAAGACACGCACGUAUCCUGCAAGGAAAACUCGACUGUCCACCUGACAAACUUUGUCGUGGACUACCUCAACAAUUUGCACAAUACUUACAAUAUUGUCGUUCACUCGGGUUUUCAGAAUUACCUGAUUAUCAUUACCUUCAAAGAUUAUUCAGGAAUUUGGCCCUCCAACAGAGAAUUGUUUAUGACUAUGUAUACGAUUGGACUCCAGUAUCUGGUCACGGUGUGGUUCGAACGGUUAUAUCUUCGAGUACCAAUAAUCGACGGAACUCGUUCAGUAGCAUAGACCCCAGACUGCUGAGACCCUGA